AUGGCCUUUGGCAUCCGUCGUCGUGCUUCGCUUUUGGCACUGGCGCUGGCAGCGUCUGUUUGCUUCAUCGCUUCUCCCGGUCCGCCCGCACCGCCCGCGCCGCCUGCGCUUGCGCGCAAUGUGGCGGGUCUCGCGGUGUCGGGGCUGGCGCUGGGUUUCUCAGAGGCUGCGUCAGCAGAACCAGGCGCCGCCUUCUCUCUGUUCGGCAAAAGCUCUGCAGAGCUCUUCCCGGUCUCCAACGUGAGCUUGCUCACUUGGCUGCUGCUGAUUUUCGCCCCCGGGUGGGAAUAUUUGAAAUCAGCCGCUCUUGUGGCACCGGUGAUCAAUGCCCUGCUCUACACCGUCUCGGUGACCUACCUGUUGGCGCACCCUGCGCCUGGUGACGCAGGGCUGGAUUUCGGAUCCCUGGGAUCCAUUGUGGCGGCAUUCCAAAGUCCCGACGCGGUCUUGGCCGGGUGGCUGCACUAUUGCGUCUUCGACCCCUUGGUGGGCUUGGGUGAAGUGCUGGAUAGCCAGAAGAACAAGAUACCGCAUGUCCUGGUGGUGCCUUGCUUAUUGCUCACCCUCUUCUUUGGACCAAUGGGCUUCUUGCUCUACCUGUUGGUUAGGACACUGACCUUGUCCCGGAGCGAUGGACGGACUGCAUGA